CCCGACGGCCCAUCCUACAUUUUCCUGAUGCAGGUCGCGUACAUCAUCAUGAUCGUCAACCGUUAGCCGUCGGAUCCGUCUCUGAAAAAAAUGGUGAAUCCACCAAAGAAACAGUUUCUCCUCUUCUCUCUAUUCGCCCUCUUCUUCUUCUCUUACUAUCACCACUCCUCUCUCCCCAUCUCCUCAGACCCCAAUCCCUCUUUAACUCAGAACGUUAACGUUUUUCGCAACCAUUUUCCCCAAAACUUCACUCUCAUUAUCAAACUCCUCACUUUCAAUCGUCUCAACUCACUCUCCCGCUGUCUCCACUCGCUCGCCGCCGCAGAUUAUUUAUCCGAAACCGUCCAUCUCCACAUUUACAUUGACCAUUUUGCCCUUCCUAAUAAUAAUCACUCCUCUGAAUCAACUGAUUUUUAUUUGGAGGAGCCUCGUCGGAUCUUGCGGUUUGUCGAGGGGUUUAAAUGGAAAUUCGGAGAAAAAUUUGUGCAUUACCGGACGGGAAACGUGGGACUGCAGGCUCAGUGGCUGGAGGCGUGGUGGCCUUCUUCGGAUCACGAGUUUGCGUUUGUUGUGGAGGAUGAUUUGGAGGUUUCCCCUCUUUUUUAUAAGUUUCUUCGGGUUUUGAUUGUGAAUUAUUAUUAUAAUUCAUCCAAUUCUAGUCAAUCUAUCUAUGGAGCAUCGCUUCAGCGCCCGAGGUUCGUUCCAGGUAAACAUGGAAGCAAGAUACACCUUGAUAGUGGAACACACCUUUUCUUGUAUCAGUUGGUUGGAACUUGGGGUCAGCUUCUCUUUCCAAAACCUUGGAAAGAAUUCAGGUUUUGGUAUGAUGAGCACAAGGCCAAGGACAUCAAGCCAUUUCUUGAUGGAAUGGUGACAACAGGAUGGUACAAGAAGAUGGGAGAAAGAAUCUGGACUCCUUGGUUCAUUAAAUUUAUUCAUUCUCGUGGCUAUUUUAAUUUUUACACCAAUUUUCAGAAUGAAAGAGCACUUAGUGUCUCUCACCGAGAUGCUGGUGUUAACUAUGGGAAAUCAGCUGGGCCAGAUUCCCAACUAUUGGAUGAAAGUUCACUUGAUUUCAACUUUCUGGAUAUGCAACCUUUAAGUAAUCUGAAAUGGUAUGAUUUCUGUUUCAGAGAAGUAUUUCUUGGAAGAGUUGUAAGGAGCAUGGAUGAACUUGGUCCUGUUCUUCAUGCAGUACAGAAACAAGAAACUGUUCUGCUGGUGAGCCUGUUUGGGGCAUCUGAAGUGGUCAUAAGGAACCUCCUCUGCCACUUUGAGAGGGUAAAUAUUCGGAACUACUUAUUAAUAGGCCCUCAUUCUGAACUUCUUUUUGAUCUUGCAAGAAGGGGACAUCCAGUGGUUGAUGCAGAUCAAUUUCUUCAAAAUAUCAGAGCAUACAAAUUUAUGAAAUUUCAAGAUUCCAAUGGAAGAUUUACUAAUGAGGUCUUUGUGAAGGCUUAUGUAAUCAAGAAGUGUUUAGAAUUUAGGUACAAUUCUUGGGUAGUGAAUGGGAACUUGCUUUUUGUUAAUAGUGAUUUCUUUCUUCAAUCCAUUGAUGCCACGGCUGACUUCUUAGUUGCGAAGAGUUUGGAACUAGUUCACAUCAGGAGCUCAUCUGCUGUUCAGAAAAUCUGGACAGAUGAUUUUUUGUUUGAAGUUGCUACUAUGGUGGAUAAAGUUUCUUUACCAAGAGCACGCAGAAGUUUUGCAUAUAUUGUAACAAACUUGUUGGAACAGAAGGGUAGUGUGGCGAUUAAGAGGAUUGAUGAAACAAACUUUGGCAUGGUGCUUGAUGCUGAAAAUGCUAAUCGAUCCUCUUUGGAGGUUGGGAAGAAGCUUGUUUAUUGGUCUACUGAACUGGGGUUGGAUAUAGUUCAAAAGAGGCUCAAAGAAUUGAGUAUGUGGAUUAUAGAUGGUGACUCAUCUUGCUUAGCUGUCAUUUGUCACCAAUCAUAGCAUCUGAUAGCUGCUAUUUUUUUUUUAUUUUUUUUAAACCCACUUAAGAUUUGAAAUCUUCAUUUAUACAUUACAUUUGUAUCAUUCCUCUUCCCAAAAUGUAACGAGACCUGCAUGCCCAGAAAACAAGGAGGCUUUGAAGUUGGACAUCGCAAAUUCUGGCUCAAUAAGGAUGAUGAGAUCACCAGGCUUGUUUUCCUAUUCCUGCUGGUGAAGAAUUUUUGUGAUUAAUUCAGAAAUUCAAGUAUUUUUCAUUGGUCUUA